AUGGAUGCAGAGAUGGAGGCCCUGCAAAAGAACCAUACAUGGGAUAUGGUUCCUCUCCCAAUUGGUAAGAAGGCUGUGGGGUGGAAAUUAGUAUAUACCCCGAAAUUCAAUGCAGAUAAGUCACUUGAAAGAUAUAAGACACGAUUGGUAGCAAAAGGCUAUACUCAAUCAUAUGGGAUUGACUAUCUUGAGACCUUUGCUGGUUGCUAAGCCUAACACUGUGAGGAUAUUGAUUGCUCUAGCAGCUAAGUUGAACUGGGAAAUACAUCAAUUUAAUGUCAAAAAUGUAUUUUUACAUGGAGAAUUAGAAGAGGAAGUCUACAUGACUAUACCUCUAGGAUAUCCACUAUUCAAUCAAUCAGGAGUGGUUUGUAGACUAAAGAAAACCCUCUAUGGUCUCAAAUAAUCUCCUUGAGCUUGGUUUGGAAGGUUCACCAAGACAAUGAAAAGUCAAGGAUAUAAAUAGAGUAAUGCAGAUCAUACUUUGUCCAUCAAACAUAUUUCGUAUGAAGGUAUGACUGUAUUAAUUGUAUAUGUCAAUGAUAUAUUGAUCACAGGUGAUGACACAAAUGAAAUCCAAAAUCUGAGUAAAAAUCUCUCACAAGAGUUUGAUAUUAAGUCUUGGGAGACUAAGGUAUUUUCUUGGUAUUGAGGUGGCACACUCGAAAGAAGGUAUCUUUAUUUCUCAACAUAAAUAUACUGUUGAUCUGCUCCAGAAAAUUGGACAACUUACGUGUAAACCAACAGUCACACCAGUGGAUAUACAUGUGAAACUUGGAGCAGGAGGUGACAGUCCUCCAGUUAAUAAAUAAUCCUUCCAAAGGUUGAUUGAAAAAUUGAUUUAUCUGAAUCAUACUAGACCAGAUGUGGCAUAUGUUGUGAGUUCCUUGAGUCAAUUCAUGAAUGACCCAAGAGAAAUUCACUUACAAGCAGCAUAUCGUAUUCUAGUAUAUUUGAAGAAUAUUGUAGGACAAGGCCUAUUAUUUUCACGAGGUGGUGAUAAUACUGUGGAAAUAUAUACAGACAUAGAUUAUGCAGGAUCAGUAAGUGACAGGAGGUCAACAUCUGGAUCUUGUUCCUUCGUCGGUGGAAAUCUGGUCUCAUGGAGAAGUAAGAAGCAAAAGGUGAGGUCCAGAUCUAGUGCAGAAGCUGAAUUUAGAGCUAUGGCUCAAGGUACAUGUGAAGCAAUAUGGAUAAAAAUACUGUUUGAAGAUCUACAUCUGUACUCCCAAGGUUGCAUCAAGUUGUACUAUGACAAUCAAUCAGCUAUAGCUAUUGCCCAUAAUUUAGUUCAACAUGACAGGACAAAGCACAUUGAAAUAGAUCGCCAGGGAUGA